AUGUCCUGUCGUCAGUCUAGUCAAUGUCAGCGUCUAAGCACUUCGCAUGAAUUAUACGCGCCGUGGUGGUCUCCUCUGGCGCAGUGGAGACGGAGAAAUGAAGGAUGGUUACGCCAACGUUUACGAUCUAGAAGAAAUCAUUGCCGGAGAACUUCCAUUUCUGUCGAGGAAGAGAAACUUGAUGGGCGGCGCGAACCUAAUGUUUUCGAAGGGCAAAGGGAGAAUGAGGAUAAUACCCUGGAUAAUGCGGCGUUACAUUUGACACGAAGUAGCAGGAAAGACUAUGGUUCGGAUUUUUGCGAUGAUAAUACUGCCAAUUCGAACACUGUUCCAAGUUGGGAUACCACUUUCAUCUCGGACAAUACCUCAAAGUCGAAUAAUGGCUCAAAUUCAGACACUUCAAAUUUCAUGCAGCACCAUUCGGUAAGAAUCUACCAGUCAUUCACUCUUAUGGAUAACACUAACAAAGCUAAUUGAUAAAGAACCAAACCAAGCAGUCAUCGGAGCAAGCAGCAACUAAAAUUCGAGGUGGAGGAUCCGGUACCUCUAGAAACAUUAGCGAUAGUGGAGCAUACCAUAAUUCAUAUCCCAGUCAUUCCACCAGUACUUUAGAGUCCGGAGUACCUUGCAAAAGUUGGGUCAGUCGUUUUAAGAAUGAUCAAAAAUCCAACAAAGCGCGGCGAAGACGAAAUCGCACACAACGUUCCAGCUCAAUAAACGGGCUCAGGUUCGCAUUGCAUAAAAGAGAAUACAGUAAUCUCGGUAUAGAACUUUCAUACGCAGAUAUGACACGAGGGGAAUGGAAACUUCAGAGUCGUGUGGUCGGGAAUGAGAAUCUUAGGAAACCUAGGCCGGGUAGUUCUAAUCUUCGCUAUUGCUUGUCAUAUUCUAAGCAGGCCCUUGAUACGGUUUCCGGAGUUAGGAUGCCCUGGGAUCAAUAUAGACAAUGGUUUUCUCUUAGAAGAACAGCGCGCGCUGCUGCUUCAUGUAUGGGACUUUAG